UCCACUAAUCCCGGUUUACUGAAAUAGAUUACACUUGUGUCUGCUGUACCGCGAGUUGCUGCUCUUCAGAGCAGUUCUGCGACCAUAGCUGAAGAUUGCAAUCGGUGUCAAGGAGCCUCUUGAGCGGGGAUAUACUUACAACCCCCUGCAUCGCUUCAAGAACUGCCUGCUACAAUAGAAAUGAGACGUGCGAGGUAACACCACUGCUGACCAGCGUGACAUUACUUCUGGGAAAUUACAUCUCCGGAUCCCACCAAGUGACAUCCAUCCAGCUGCAGAAAUGGGUACCAUUCUCUCAAUAUCUCCGUCAUCUCGGAAGACAACUAUCGUGGUCAAUGGACCCGAGCCUACCGAGAAAAGCCUUAAGAAACAUUCUGUACUGGAAUCAGCCUUGUCGUUUAAAAGAUAUGUUACCUCGUCGUCGAAGAAUACCAAAAAAGUUAACCCGGAUUGCCAGCUACAAGCCAAUGAAAAUCAGGUGGAGCAAUUGAAUAACGAAAAUCUGAAGAAAAGAGAGCACUUGAGUCCAGAACCAGUACCAGCACAGAACCCUCCACCAACUCAAUCACUGACACCCUCUCACAGUGGCAAAAGGAUCAUUGCUGUGCAAAAACAAUCCAGCAAGCUAUCCCUCGUCUCUCCCAGGAAGGUGAUUGUCCAAGCAUCGACUGGCGAGCUUCUGCUUUGCCUCGGAGAAUUUUUUUGCAGAAGAUGUUAUAAACUCAAAGCACUCAGUGCGAACGAAGUUGUCAUUUGGUUCCGAAAUGUAGACCGAACCCUUCUGUUACAAGGCUGGCAGGAUCAGGGUUUCAUCACACCAGCUAGCCUGGUGUUUGUCUACUUGAUCUGUCGAGAAACGGUCACUGAAGAUGUUGACACCCGAGGCGAACUUCAUGGCAUCUUUCUUACCUGCCUGUACCUGGCUUACUCAUACAUGGGCAACGAAAUCUCUUACCCUCUCAGCCCCUUCAUUGUGGAGGGUAACAAGGAUACUUUCUGGGAUCUGUCACUAAGUGUCAUUGAUAACAUGAGUGAUCAAAUGAUGCAAAUCAACAUUGAUCCACAUUUUUUCACUGAGGUAUUUCAGGAACUCAAAGGCGAGAGUGUGACAAAAGAUGCAAAGGGAAGUGACCUAGAUCGUUGAGUGUCCUAUCAUUUGAAUGCUUUGCUGAUAGUAUGGAGAUUACGUGCUAUAGGCUACGAUAUCUGUUUGUCUCAUUCGGGUGGCAUAUUUGGCAGGGACCUUUGAUCUUUAUUUUAUUUUUUUUAAAAAACAGUGUUAAUAGGGAUAUAUGAAGCCUGUAUCUAGAAACCAGUGUUCUGUCACCGGUUGGACUAGCCUACAGUAUUUGCAUGCCGAAAAGAUUGUGUUUAUGAACUUGCUCAUCAGAUGUAGCUCUGUGGUGCAAUACUGUGAAGAAUACUGCUCUGAAACGUAGUGUUUCCAAUUAUGUUACUGUUUUUCCUUGUUCAUAAGAACACAAAUAUUUCAAGGCAGUGCUGCUGUACAGAUGACAUGGGGAACUAUCCAAGGUGCUGGCCCUGGCCUGGCCAGAAUGCACGUCCAUUUUGUUUAACUUCAAAAAUACAUUUUUGAAGACAAGAUGUCCAAUGUGCCAAUAGAGGUUGUUUUAAACAACUCUUUAUAUGUUGUAUAUUUGUUGCUGAUUUGAAUGUUUUGUGGUUUUAUUUUACUCUCUAUUGGUAAAGAUUAGCUAAUUUUCCUAUGAAAUCAGUUCAGCUGAUUUGUCAAUAUGCCUAUUUUUGUAGGCCUGUUUACUAGAACAGAUAGACCGUGAUCCAUUUCAGAACAGUAACAUCUGUAUUCAACAGGCAUGAAUAUGAGCUAUUAAGCUGGAACUUAUAAACUGCCCUUUUAAACUUGGAAUCAACAUUUCCCCUCUGAAGACAUGCAGCUCCUAUGUUAGACUGUAUCUCAAUGACAUACGGGUUUUGAUGUUGUUCUUUUUAAUCCACUUGAAUAAAAUGUUAUUUUACAGGAGAUCUCACAGCCUUCUCUAAAGGCAAACACUACACAAGGUUUAUGGUUACAAAAAUAGCCUACCUCGUUGCUUUCACAGUCCACUGACAUUUUGUGCACUGUCUGCAUAUGUGAACUGUAUACGGAGUUUGAAGACCUGACAA